AUGGCGGAGAAUCCGAGUCCUAUUAAAUAUUUUCUCAGUGGAGGAGUCGGUGGAAUUUUUACUGUAAUUACUGGUCAUCCUUUAGAUACUAUCAAGGUGAGACUUCAAACUUCAUCGGGUGCAAAUGGAGUUUUGUAUACCGGGACAUGGGAUUGCGCUAAAAAAAUAGCUCGUAAUGAAGGAUUUCGGGGAUUUUACAAGGGUAUGGGAGCACCACUGUGCGGAGUAGCUCCAAUUUUCGCAAUAAGUUUCCUGGGAUUUGGCUUAGGAAAGCGACUCCAGCAGACGGGUCCUGAUCACGAGCUGACAGCGAUCCAACUGUUCAACGCUGGGGCUUUCAGUGGAGUUUGUACGACGAUUAUAAUGGCCCCGGGAGAGAGAAUCAAGUGUCUGCUGCAAGUCCAGCAUGGAAUGGACAAUGUCAAGUACAAUGGUCCAGUAGAUUGCAUCAAACAGUUUGGGAUGUAUUUUAUGACUUACGAUUUGAUUCAACGACUGCUAGCUCAAGAUGAUAAGAAGCUAUCUCUUCUGUCGACUAUUUUCGCCGGUGGAUGUGCCGGAAUUGCCAAUUGGAUUGUUGGGAUGCCUCCAGACGUUGUCAAAAGUCGUCUUCAAACUGCACCUGAAGGUAUGUACAAAGGCGCCAAAGAUGUCUUCAAAGAGCUUAUUUCAACAGAAGGCAUCCGCGGGCUUUACAAAGGGGUUACUCCGGUUAUGCUUCGCGCAUUUCCUGCCAACGCUGCCUGUUUUUUGGGCUUUGAACUUGCCAUUAAAGUUUUAAACUGGGCUGCUCCUAGUUUGUAA